AUGAAGUUGGCAGGAUUUCUCUUUGCAUCUAUUUGUGCUUGGUACUUAGGAUCCUUAUUUGCAUAUAUCAUACCAGAAGACUCACUGGUUGAAACUAUUGACAACAUUCAGAAAGUUGGAGACAAACCAGUACUUAGAGCACCACCUCCAAAAAGGCAGAAAUGUAAUCAUUGGUCUUCAUGUCCACCUGGGAGUUAUGCUUAUCGCUUACUCAGUGGUGGGGGCAACGAGAAGAUGGCAAAAAUCUGCUUUGAAGAUGAACAGCUCAUAAGCGAAGAAAAGAAAAAUGCAGGGAGAGGCAUCAAUAUUGCCAUUGUGGACUAUAACACGGGAAAAUGUACGGAUGCGAAAUAUUUUGACAUGUGGGAAGGAGACUUCUCUGGAGGUAUGACAGAUUUCAUCAAAAAGGCUCCUCAAGGAUCGUUGCUCCUGAUGGUGACUCAUGACGAUGGAAGCACCAAAUUAAAGGCGGAUGCAAAAAAGGCAAUAGCAGACCUCGGCAGUAAAGAAAUCCAAAACAUACGAUUCCGGUCUAGCUGGGCCUUUAUAGCUGCAAAAGGUUUCAAGCUGCCAGAUUACCUAGAAAAAGAAAAGAUCAACCAUUCUGAUAACAAGAAGAACCGAUAUGGGGGCUGGCCAGCUGAAAUCCAGAUAGAAGGCUGCAUUCCUGGAAACCUGCGUUGAAUUUUUAAAUUCAGCUAUACAGACAAAGUGAUUCAUUAUG